AUGGAGACCGACAUUGAUCGCAUGAUUGCGCAGGCAGGUGGCCGCGCACCAGGCCAGGAAACCAGUGUACCAGACAAUGGAGAAACAAUUCACAUUUCUUCCCUUGCUCUCCUCAAGAUGCUUAAGCACGGCCGAGCAGGCGUUCCCAUGGAGGUCAUGGGACUUAUGCUCGGGGAGUUCGUGGACGAGUAUACCGUGCAGGUCGUUGACGUCUUCGCAAUGCCACAAUCUGGAACCUCAGUAUCCGUGGAGUCCGUGGACCAUGUAUUCCAAACCAGAAUGGUGGACAUGUUGAAGCAAACAGGCAGAUGGUGGUUGGGUGGUACCAUUCACACCCUGGCUUCGGAUGUUGGCUAUCAAGCGUCGACAUCAACACUCAGCAGGCACUCCUUUGAACAAUUGGACCCACGAUCAGUCGCCGUAGUCGUUGAUCCCAUUCAAUCUGUCAAGGGGAAAGUCGUUAUCGAUGCCUUCCGCCUCAUCAACCCCGCUACGGUGCUCCAGGGCCAGGAGCCACGACAAACUACUUCAAAUAUCGGUCAUAUUAACAAGCCUUCGAUCCAAGCCCUCAUUCACGGGCUGAAUCGGCAUUACUACUCGAUCGCUGUCCAGUAUCGCAAGACCGAGCUCGAGCAGGCCAUGUUGAUGAAUCUCCACAAACGUAACUGGACCGAGGGACUGAAACUACGGGAUUUCAAGGUGCACAAGGAGGCAAACGAGAAAGCGAUCAAAUCGAUGCUGAGUCUCUCGGAAGCGUACAACAAGUCUGUUCAGGAGGAGUCAACGCUCACGUCUGAUCAGCUCAAGACACGACAUGUGGGCAAACAAGAUCCGAAGCGGCAUCUCGAAGAGCAAGUCGAGAAGGCCAUGGGAAACCAGGUAGUACAGAACCUGGGCACCAUGCUCCUCGCUGAGCUGUAG